AUGCGCCUGCUUCACACACAAACCGGUCAACUGUGUUCUUUCGAUGGUCCUUCUAUUCCUCCAUACGCCAUCCUCUCCCACGUGUGGUCUAGGCCAGGCGAUCCCGGCCACGUGUCUGAGCAAUCCUAUCAAGACAUCAUCCAGGCCUCGUGCGCCAUAACCAAUCGCCACGGAUACGAGUACCUCUGGAUCGACACGUGCUGUAUCAACAAAUCCAGCAGUGCCGAGCUCUCCGAGUCUAUCAACUCCAUGUUCACGUGGUACGCCCGGUCCCGCCUGUGCUACGCCUAUCUCGCCGACGUCGACGACAACGAUCGCCCGGAUCUCCCUCAGUCUCAGUUUCGCCGCAGUCGAUGGUUCACGCGCGCGUGGACAUUGCAAGAGCUCAUCGCUCCCUCCAACGUCGUCUUCCUCUCGAAGAACUGGAAUGUCAUCGGAUCAAAGUCAAGCCUCGCACACACGAUCAAGGAUAUCACCAACAUCGACGUCGACGUCCUCACUGGGCGCCGGACGCUCCGCGAGGUCUGUGUUGCGCAGCGGAUGUCGUGGGCAUCGCGUCGAGAGGCGAGCAAGGUGGAGGACGAAGCUUACAGUCUGCUCGGGAUCUUCGGACGAAACUCCUUCUCGCGGCUACAAGAGGCGAUCCUCAAACACAUCCCCGAUCAGAGCCUCUUCGCGUGGGGUCCACGCCAUCAUCUCAGGUCCCUCACCGGCGACACCUCGUCCCAGAUCUCCAGAUCUGAGAGCGGCACGCAUGAGUCCUGCCUCUUUGCCACGUCUCCCCGCGACUUCUCCGCCUCCUUCGAUCUGUGCAUCAUCCUCCCAAAGUCUUCUCCUGUCGGUUGGAAUCUCCAUUCUUCAUCCUGA